AUCCAGAUAGAAAUCCAUUAUAGUACACAAUCAUGGAAGCAUUGACCUCUCACGCUUCAAUCUUCCAAACCUCAACUCGCUUUGUUUAUUUGAAUCUGUUGCACUCGAGCUGUUCUUUCUUGAGCUUAAAUCCCUGUCCUCCCCCACCAUGUUUGCGUUGACUCCCAUAAACCACAGCUCGUUCUGUGUUCUGAGAGGGCAACUCUCGGUAUCUACGUGGAGGAACUGCACCGCAAAGAGCCUGUGAUGCUUCCUCUUUCUCUCUCUAAUACCUCGGCAGCACUCCGAUCUCUUCUGCCACGCCACGAUGAACUCCACAAGCGACGCUUCGCCGCCGCCGGUCGCCGACGGAGGCUCCGUCGGGAUGCUCAGCUCCGACAGGAUCAGCGGGUUCGGCUACGGCCUCGGCGUGUCCAUCGGCAUGCUCCUCCUCAUCACCACCAUCACCCUCGCAUCGUACUUCUGCACCCGAGCCACCACGGCCUCCCCAACCGCGGGCCCGCCCCCUCCCCCGCACCGGGCCGCGGCGAGGAGGCCGGCUGAACAGGAGACGACGGCGGCGGCGGGCGGCGACGUGGAGGCUGGCAUCGACGAGGACACCCUGAAGAGCUACCCCAAGGUGCGGUACUCGCACGCGAAGCUCCGCCGCGACGUGGCGGGCGCGGCCUCCUGCUGCUCGAUAUGCCUGUCCGAUUACAAGGACGCCGACGUGCUGCGGGCGCUGCCGGAGUGCGGGCACCUGUUCCACGUGAAGUGCGUCGACCCGUGGCUACGGUUGCGCCCGACGUGCCCCUUGUGCCGCACGUCCCCGCUGCCCAGCCCGCUCCCGACUCCGCUCGCGGACGCCGUCCCCCUGUCAACACUAGCAAGGCAUCCAUGAUCGAACAACAAGAGAGUAGCAGAUGCUACACCUAUCGAAGUCUAGAAUCAAGCAAUUGACUGCUUCAGGAGUAGUUUUAGCAGGGAGAGGGGACAGAGACAUGAAGAAGCAACUUCUCCUCUUGGCUAAGUCUUCAGCACUCCAUAAGCAUGUUCUCAUGGAUGCUCUGAGAUGAUUUCUUAUGUAAAUUGGUACGAGGUGAAGUGCUAAUCCACUGUAUUCACUCUUUACGCCAAAUCAAUUAGUUUGAUAGUAUA